AUGGCAUCUCACCGUCACAUUCUCCUCAUCAACGGCCCCAACCUCAACCUCCUCGGCAGCCGGGAGCCCCAAAUCUACGGCUCGACGACCCUUCACGACAUCGAGCAAGCCGCCCAGACCCAGGCCUCUUCGCUCGGUCUCCGUCUUACAACCUUCCAGUCCAACCACGAAGGCGCCAUCAUCGACCGUAUCCAUCAAGCAGCGGGAUUCUCCCCGUCUCCACCGCCGGGUGCCGCAAUCACAACGGAAGCAGACCCCGGAGUCGGAGAAGAAAAAGUGUCGGCCAUCAUCAUAAACCCCGGCGCUUACACGCACACAAGCGUGGGCAUCCGCGACGCGCUGUUGGGGACGUCAAUCCCGUUUGUGGAGGUGCAUGUGUCGAAUGUGCAUGCGAGAGAGGCGUUCAGACAUCAUAGUUACUUGAGCGAUAAGGCGGUGGCGGUUAUUUGUGGGCUGGGGCCGUUUGGGUAUAGUGCCGCGCUGGAGUUCGUUGGGAGGCAUAUGAAGUUUUGA